AUGGGAUGGACACAUAUACUCAUUUACUCUUUUUUGGUGCUGUCUUUGGCAAUAGCUCAAGCACCUCAACGUGGACCACUGCAGCAGUGGAGUGUGCAGAUUCAGCUGUAUGUCGACCAACUGGCAACAAACUCGUCUGACACUUGUGGACAGACGCCGUCGACCGCGGAUGCCUGCCCUUCGCUGCAGACGGCCCUCAACAGCUUCGCCCAGACCCAUCCGAACAUAUCCGACUCGAUGCUCACCGUCUGGUUUGCGCCCGGCAACUACACACAGUCCGCCAUCACCCUGUGCGGCCUCAACCUCACGCUUGACCAGACCCCAACCACCUUGGGAGCUGUGGUCAUCUCGUCCUUCCUGCCCUUUGUCAAUGGCGACACUUCCUUUUGCACGCUCCCGCUCACGCUCAACAUCUACAACCUGAACUUUGUCAGCAUUAACAACCUGAUCCAGAUGGACCAGUUUGCCCCCCUUGACAUCGCCAUCGUCAACACGACGCUACAGCCCAAUCCGGCAAACCCGGGCGCCGUGGCCAUCGCGAUCGGGGCGCCCUACCCUGGCUCACACGUGACCCGCAUCAGCAUCAUCUCGUCCAACAUCGUCCACUUUGGCAACGGCGUCCUGAUCUCCAUCAAUCCGCUCGACCUCCUCAUCGACCGCACGGUGCUACACAUGAAUGCCAACCAGUUCGCCAUGACUCAGCUGGGCGCGAGUUCCGGAAACAUCGUCAUCACCAACACGAUGGUGGACGGCGGCGGCGGCAUGCUUGCCGAGGGUACCUACAAUGUCACGCUGGCCAACUCAACAUUUGCCGGGCUCAGCUCCGCGGAUACGAUAUUCUAUCUCACGCGCUCCACCCUCGACAUCACCAACUGCACCUUUGGCAACAUAAGUUCGGGCCUACCGCUGAUUGAUAUGGACCACGGCCAAUGCGCCAUCGCCUCAUCGCUCUUCUCGGGCAACAUGGCCGAGCAGCAGGGCCUGCUGAUGCUGGUGGGCACCGACAGCUGCAACAUCUCUGACACCACGUUUGUCAGCGCGGCGGGCCAGGUCGACAUCAUGUGCAUUGGUUCUGUGCUCAACACGGCGCGUCUCAACAGCAACCAGGUUGCACAGCCAUCUAUCACCAACGACAAAUGUCGUAUCAAUGGCAAUGGUGCCCAAUCCAUUCAUCCCCAACACACUAUCUUGCUACUGAUCAUCACUUUGCUGAUAGUCUUGGUGCUUUGA